GCGCGGCGCCGCUGUUACGUCAUCGCGGCGCCGGGCAGAGAGCGGCACCGGGACCGGCACCGGGACCGGGACCGAGCCAGGCCGCCAUGACCAAGCUGGCCCAGUGGCUCUGCGGACUCGCCCUGCUGGGCUCGGCCUGGGCCGCGCUGGCUCUGGCCCCGCCGGGGCUGCAGCCGCCGGCCCCGCUCCGCCAGGCGCUGCUGCCGCUGCCCGUCUACCUGCUCGUGGCCUUCGGCUGCUACUCCCUGGCCACCGUGGGCUACCGCCUGGCCACCUUCAACGACUGCGAGGAGGCGGCGGCCGAGCUGCAGGAGCACAUCAGGGCGGCGCGGGCCGACCUGCGGCGGCGGGGGCUGCGCCUCGGACCCCAAUAAAAGCCCCGGGACGGUG